GAACGUUCGAGCCCAGCCUCGGUCAUGUUAAUGACUCGGUUGGUUGGUUGGUGAGUUGGCUGGCGAAACAGGAUGGAUGCAAUCAACUCCGUCCUAGCCUUACCUAAGGUACCUGCCCACCUCCUACCAAGACUUGUUGACUGUCUGCUCCGAACUUACCCAAGAAAAGCUCAAGCUGGGACGCGAGUCCCUUUUAGGUCGGCCAUGAUGAUAAUCGUCAACAUCAUCGUCGUCAUGACCAUAAACGUACUGAUAGAGAAAAGAAAAAUACAAAUGUAAAUGGAUAAUAAGAGUGAUAUUAAUGCCGUGAACAGGAUGGAGACACACAGUCGAUAUUAACACACGACGAUGCUCUUUUCAGGUGCAUUAUCCUGUUCACUCCGGGUGUAGGUAGG